ACAUUUUUGUACCGGCUAAACUGAGUGGAGGAGGAAAAAGUAAACAUGCAACAUAGACCAGCUGUGAAGCAAAUGAUCAGUCGUUACUGUAUUUAAUCAAGAGAUGAUCUCGGAUGUCUUUUUACGCACAACUGCAAGGCGAGUAGUUUAACUUUCUCCUCGUGUCAGAUAGUUUUACAGGAGCAUGUUUCACCCAAACUACCAGUGUAAAGCAUUUGUCAGCAAAUUGAUUCGUCUCCACGUCCAGUUUAAUAAACGACUUGUAACAAUGUCGAUACCGAAGCUCUCAGAAGAAAGCUGGAAGAGAGGCAGGAGCGGCUCACAGAUCAAUGCAGACAGCAGAGCAGCAGACCUCAGUGAGGUGGUGACAGGCAGCACGGGGGGUGCAAACGACCACACUGGAGGAAAGUUCACAGAGGAGGAGAUGGUCAUCCACAGAGCCCAUACAGAGGCAUGUGCGGCAAAGAAGCAGAUGUACGUCGACCCUUCCAGUGGGUACAAGGUGUUCACAGAGUAUGCCCACCUUCAGAGAGGGAAAUGCUGUGGCAGCGCAUGCAGACAUUGUCCGUACGGCCAAGUCAACGUGAAGGACCCUGCGAUGAAGAAACAAUUUAAUUCUCUAUUUUACGUAUAGGCCCAACAUGACGGAGGUAAAACGCCUGCUCAGGAUGGAACCCAGAGCACGUUGCUUGUCUUCUGCCUGUCGUUAUUUGGACUACUUGAGAGUCAUUUUUAGCAGUGUACCAAGUGAUGAAAUAUGGGUAGUGUCUGUGCAAUAUCUACCUCCUGUGAAUCACAACUAUUCUCAGGAUUAUUUUUAUUCUCACAGGACAGGGGAGGAGGAGAAAGGAUUUGUUCACUAGAACCUCAUGUAAAGUAGUCUUUUAUCACAUUUUUUGUUUUGCUAUAUUUUUCAGAUAUUUUUCUCGAAUGUCCAAUGAAAUGCCUUGAGCUUCAUUUUUUCGUUUCUCUUUAAGAGUAUUUAAUAUUUUGUGGUGUUCGGCUCCUCUGAUACAUUUACAAGGGUUGUGGGAGUAUGGAGAUGAAAACCGAAAGAGCAUUUUAGAUCUUCGCCCUCAAGAUAAAGGGCAUAUAAGCGAAUGGAGCUGAAGCUAGUCAGAUGGAGUCUUGUGCUCUUUCGCUUUGCAUCUCUUGUUAUUUUUCCUCCCAAAUGUACGACUGCAUGAAUAUUAGCAUCAUUUACACUCCACAAGUGCUCGACUGAACUGUCUACCUUUGACUGAAACGCUGUGUUGUUAAAAAUAGGCAGGGGCCAAGGGUCAGCCCUCACACUUGGCUGCGCUGCUUUUACACCACUUGAUGGAAUCAGGCUGUUAACAAACAUGCCAUGGACAUCAACAGCAGCCCUCCCCACCGGACUCGCAGCUCAGCCUCCUGGCAACACUUGGCUACAGCACAGCUCCCUGCGGCUGCUCUCCUGAGCUGCAGCCUAAUGAACUCCUGGGCCCUCUUAUCCCAGCACUGCAAUAGAUCAGCUCAUGUUCACGAGCAUGCUUAGACGCACACAUGCAUAGGCAGGCUUACUCCAUCAGAACACCCUGUGGCUCCUAAUAGGCCAAUAUAGAAUAAAGGUUGCACUAAACACCGUACUCUGUAGCCCACAGUAAUAGUACAAGGUGAGGUCAAGCGCUCAUGCAGCACUACCUGUGCGUGCAAGAGAUGCUGAGGAAAGAUGUGCCACUUGAUUUGUGAGUGCAUGUGGGUAGGCAGCGCGAUGCCUCCGGGCGCUGGCUCUGAACCUGCCACACACACUCGCCUGUCUCCGCCUGAUUGGGCAAACAGCGUCGGGAUGAGAGGAUGUGUCUGCCGCGGAAAUUCUGUCGCAGACGCCUACUGGCGCGGCCACAAUUUCCCCUCGGCAGGUGGGUCCCAAAGGCAAGUGCUUAGUGAUCGGAGGCAAAGCCCUGUGAGCGGCUACAAGGAGAUUCAUGAUCCCAACAGUGCUGGGGAGGACAGGUUCUCGGGGACGCGUCGUCAGGCGGGAUGAGAGGCGAAUUUAUUUGGUGUUAUUCUAAACCGAGGCAGCGGAGCGUGCGGCAGCAACAUUUCUACAGCGGGACGGUGAAGGUGUCACACUCAUCAAGUACCUGGGCCCGCUUGCCUGCCGCGGCUCUGCGGGUUUUGCCUGGGGGACUCGUCUGUCACAUUAAAGUAGAUGCAUUGCCAUUCAGGGCCUCGGCGGUCCCGCAGCCUGACCAUGAAAUAGGCCAACUUUCAUGUCUGCCUCAUCCCUCCACGUCUUCCCAAUCCAGUGAUGGCACAGUUUGAAAUGUUUUCCUUUUAUACAUAUAUAUAUAUAUAUAUAUAUAUAUAUAUAUCAUGUUCUAGCCUAGCAGUUGGUGACUGAGACACAAACAGCACAGCAAUGCCUUCAACAGAUUUAUGGAGAAAUUUACUUGAAAAUCAAAUCUGCCUUCUCCCACCAUGGUCACUCAUCAUUAAAGUAUGUUUAGCAACAGUAA